AUGCCAUUUGGCACCGUCACUCUCAACGAUGGAAACCAGUUACCCACAAUAGCCUUUGGCACGGGGUCCACCAUGAAAUUCAAGGAUGUCACAGACUACGUGGGCCAGGCUAUCGAGAAUGGAUUCUCCCAUAUCGAUACUGCACAGUAUUAUCAGACAGAAAGCUAUGUAGGCCUGGCUAUCAAAGAGAGUGGUCUUCCUCGUUCGAGUUUGUAUAUCACUACCAAAUACAGCUUUGCUGGAUCACCGCGGCAGGCUAUUCAACAAAGUCUGAACAAGAUUGGCCUUUCUUAUGUUGAUUUGUAUCUUGUGCACUUUCCGCAGCUCUUUUCUGACUUUGAGUCUGGGUGGCGAGAAUUUGAGAAGAUGAAGACAGAUGGAUUAACAAGGAGUAUCGGCGUUAGCAAUUUUACUCUAGAGGACCUUCAGAAACUCCUGAAGACUGCGGUUACGAAACCUGCUGUCAACCAAAUCAAAUUCCACCCUUACAACUAUGCUUCGCACAAAGCUUUGAUUGAAUAUUGCGUAAAACAGAAUAUUAUAGUGGAAGCAUAUGGAAGUUUGAACUCUAUUACGCAGAAUCCUGGGGGACCAGUCGAUGCGGUUGUCAACGCCGCUGCUAAGCGUAUUGGCGCAACCCCUAAUCAGGUGAUCUUUUCCUGGGUCAGAAGUAAAGGCGUAGCGAUUGUCACGACGAGUCGGAGCAAGGAACGCCUUCAGGAGUACUUCGCCGUUGAAGAUCUUCCCCCACUCACCGCUGAAGAAAUCGCUGCCAUCGAUGAAGCUGGUGCUAAAGGC